UGCCCCGCCCCCCUCGUCCCCAACACUCCCCCCCCUCCCCGCCCCUCCGUUCGCGCGCGCGCGCGCGGAGCCGCCUCAGGAGAUCCAGAAGGCAGGACUGGGAAUGGGACGAAAUCUGUGAAGGAAGAAAUGUCUGGGAGAGGGAGACUGGCCCUAAUAGGAAGAAAGCUGAAGGUAAAGCAAAGUCUCUUUAAGAUGGAUAUAGAGAACUGCAAUGGCCGCUCGUAUAUGUCUGGUAGCGGGGACUCAUCUUUGGAGAAGGAUUUCAGUGGGGCCCCAGUGGGGCCCUCUGUGAGCACCCCAAAUAGCCAGCACUCUUCACCCAUCUGCUCUCUUAGUGGUAAUUCCAUCAAGGUGGAGAUGUACAGCGAUGAAGAGUCGAGCCGACUGCUGGGGCCAGACGACCGGCUUCUGGAAAAGGAGGACAGUGUGAUUGUAGAAGACUCGUUGUCUGAGCCCCUGGGCUAUUGCGAUGGGAGCGGCCCAGAGCCUCACUCCCCUGGUGGCAUCCGACUGCCCAACGGCAAGCUCAAGUGUGACAUCUGUGGUAUGGUCUGCAUCGGGCCCAAUGUGCUUAUGGUGCAUAAGCGCAGUCACACGGGUGAGAGGCCCUUCCACUGCAACCAGUGUGGUGCCUCAUUCACCCAGAAGGGGAACCUGCUGCGCCACAUCAAGCUGCACUCAGGGGAGAAGCCCUUCAAAUGCCCCUUCUGCAACUAUGCCUGCCGCCGGCGAGACGCUCUCACUGGCCACCUCCGCACCCACUCCGUCUCCUCUCCAACGGUGGGCAAGCCCUACAAGUGCAACUACUGUGGCCGGAGCUACAAGCAGCAGAGUACGCUGGAGGAACACAAGGAGCGGUGCCAUAACUACCUGCAGUCUCUCAGUACUGAAGCCCAGGCCUUGACUGGACCUCCAGGUGAUGACAUGCGCGACCUAGAGAUGGUGCCAGACUCCAUGCUACUACACUCGUCCUCCGAGCGGCCAACCUUUAUCGACCGCCUGGCCAACAGCCUAACCAAACGCAAGCGUUCCACCCCGCAGAAGUUUGUGGGUGAGAAGCAGAUGCGCUUCAGCCUCUCCGAUCUCCCCUUUGACAUGAAUUCAGGGGGCUAUGAGAAGGAUGUGGAGCUGGUAGCACAUCCCAGUUUGGAUCCCGGCUUUGGCUCACUAGCCUUUGUGGGAACAGAACACCUACGCCCACUCCGCCUUCCGCCUGCCAACUGCAUCUCAGAGCUCACACCUGUCAUAAGUUCUGUCUACACCCAGAUGCAGCCCCUUCCUGGCCGACUGGAGUUACCUGGAACCCGGGAAGCCGGCGAGGGGCACGAGGACCUGGUUGACGGGGGCCCCCUCCUCUACCGGGCUCGGGGUCCCCUGGCUGACCCUGGGGUCUCCCCCAGCAAUGGCUGCCAGGACUCCACAGACACAGAGAGCAACCAUGAGGAGCGGGGUGGGGGAAUUGUAACGACCCCUCAGUGUCCCCCAAAUCAGCCAGCUUCUGCUCUGGUUGUGGGGAGCCGGCCCAGCCCUGCCUACGCCAAAGAGGACCCCAAGAUGCAGGAAGGGCUCCCCCGGAGUGCCCCCGGCUCUGCCAAGGACAUGCUGCGGGUGGUGGGUGAGGACGGAGAGCCAGUGAAGGCCUUCAAGUGUGAACACUGCCGCAUCCUCUUCCUGGACCACGUCAUGUUCACCAUCCACAUGGGCUGCCACGGCUUCAGGGACCCUUUUGAGUGCAACAUCUGUGGCUACCACAGCCAGGACCGGUACGAGUUCUCCUCCCACAUUGUCCGAGGGGAACACAAGGUGGGCUAGUGCUGUCCGGCCUCCCCUGCCGUCUUCUACCCGUCCCUUCAGAGGUGUCCGGCCCUCCCAUCUCACCCCCACCCCCACCCCACAGUCCACUUUUCUAUCCGACUAAGUUUUGCUUUUGUAGCCUGUGUGACGCACAGACGUAGUCCCUGGCUGCCUGAUUUCACACUUGACUCCUCACCAUUCCUCCCCUCUCCUUUCUCCGAGUUGCCAAGCUGAUUUAUUUAAGCGUUGUGAUGAAA